AGAAGACCCGUUUCACACUACACAGUGUGGGCAAAAGGAAAGAACUGCACGUAAAUCCGGUACCGGUCCGGUGCAUUCUCUCAUUAUACCGGUCGCGUUAAGCGAGAGAAGAGGCAACUGCCUCGUUUACUGAAGAGGUUAUGUGUUGUAUAGCUAAUGUUAAAGCUAACCAGUGUGUAGCAUAGCGUAGUGGGCUUUUGUAAUCCACACAUUGAGUGCGGAGCAGCACACUCACACAUACUCGCUCUGAAAUCUCCAAAGCGGCCUUUUUAUUCACAGACGGGACCGGCGGAAAGAGAAGCCUGGUUCUGAGGGGUGAGACCGGAGGACCAGACUCAAUGAGUUUCCAGCGAAAUGUCAGAGAAGUCAGGGCAGAGCACCAAGGCAAAGGAUGGCAAAACAAAGUAUGCAACCCUUAGCCUCUUCAACACUUACAAGGGCAAGUCUUUGGAAAGCCAGAAAACUGCAGUUGCUGCCAGACAUGGCCUCCAGAGUUUGGGCAAAGUUGCGGUCAGUCGGCGUAUGCCCCCGCCGGCAAAUCUGCCCAGUCUGAAAGCUGAGAACAAAGGCAAUGACCCCAACGUCAGCAUCGUUCCUAAGGAUGGCAGUGGCUGGGCUUCAAAACAGGACCAGGCUGGAGACGAACGUCAGCAGGAGACCCCUCCUCCCCCACAGCCAAAGCCAGUUGUCACACAGGUGGCUGAAGCCCCUCUGACCAGCAGUCGCUCCUGGGCCAACAACAAGCAGCCUGGACCACUUGAUGGAUCUUUACGGAUAAACAGCCAAUUCCACCAGGAGUUCCCCAGCCUGCAGGCAGCAGGUGAGGCGGAGAAAGCAGGCGAGCAGGAAGAGGAGCCUUAUGGACCAGGCCCCAGCCUCAGACCUCAAAAUGUUGGCAGCUGGCGGGAAGGUGGGGGUAGAAAUUUAAAUGUGGCCCCCAGCCCCUCGGAGAUGGACAACAAGGCUUCUGAGGAGGCUGGGCCAGGUCGAGGUACCCCAUCCCCCACAGAUGACACCGAUAUUGCAGGGAAAUCUUCUACUGUGGACAACAAAGAGAAGAGAGAUCCUAGAGACAGGCUUCCUGUCUCAGCCCCCCAGCAUAAGAUCAAUGGCGGACAGCCACCUGGAGGAGAAGCCUCUCAGUUCCAUGCUCAGUUCAGAGGCAUGAUGCCACCUUACAUGUUUCAUGCAUACCCCCGUAUGUCAUUUGCACCUGUACAAGGAAACUUCAGAUACCCUGGGCAGCAAGAUGGCUCAAAGGGACCACGGUCUGGAGGCAGGCCAUCCCAGGCUCUGCAGCAGUCCUGGCUACAGGAUCCCGAUCGGCCCUCCAUUGUUAGUGCGUCUGAGUUAAAAGAGCUCGACAGUCUAGACACUGAGGCUGAUGAGGGCUGGGCUGGUGCUCAAAUGGAAGUUGACUACACAGAGAAACUAAACUUCAGUGAUGACGAGGAGAAUCAUGCAGCCAAGGAGAAGGGAGACAAUUGGGAUUGGGUAAAUAAAGUGGAACGCAUGAGAUCUCGCGCUGCUGAUUCCCAGGAAAGUUGGAAAGAGGGAGGAGAAGAAAGGCGUGGGAGCAAAAACUCGUGGGCAGACACUGGAGACCCUAAAGCUCCCUCCUCAGGCAGUGUGACACAAUAUAGUAACAAGACAGCACCAUCCCAAGAAUACCAGACUGGGAGGUCUGCCGGAACUGGUGCUGCUCGUACAGCGAAACCCUCCACAGUCCACGCUGGUGGUGAGGACGAUUCUGAGGCCUGGCGACAGAAGCGGAAAAAGCAGUCUGAGCUUUCUGAGGCAGUGGAGCGUGCCCGGAGGCGCCGCGAGGAAGAGGAAAGGCGGAUGGAGGAGCAAAGGUUGGCCGCCUGUGCUGAGAAACUUAAACGCCUCAAUGAAAAACUCCGUCCUGCUGUCACGUCAGAGGCCCCAAAACAGAGUGCACCUGCUCAAGGUGGCGAGUCAGAUGAGACUGAAACUGUGCCCAGCCUGCCUGCUGAAAUCUCACCCACUCAGGCUGCUCCUGCACAGCAACUUCUUCCUCCGGUGCCUAUCCCUACUCAAGAAGUACCAGAGCCAAGUGUGGAGGAGGAACCACAAUUUGUUUCCAGGCAACCCAGCCCUCCUGUCCACAGGACUGUUUCAGAAUCACAUGGAUCUGAGGUGGAUGCUCUUGUGAUGGAAGAGGUGCUGGUGGAGAGACAACCAAUAAGAGAGUACUUCAGCAGUGAAGAGUGCAGAGUUGAAGAGCCUCAGUUGCCUCGGCUUGAUCACUCAGGCGGCGAAGACAUUCCUCCUUCACAGCUGGAGAAUGAGGUGGAGGCAGGUGCCACCAUUCGCCCUUCUCUCCCAUCUGGAUACUCCAAACAAUUCCAGAAAUCUCUGCCACCCCGCUUCCUUAGACAGCAGGAGCAGUUAAAGCAACAGCAGUGGCAGCAGCAGCAGCAACAACAACAGACUGGUGCAGGGUCAGUGUCCCCGUCGGGCAGUUCAGUACCCCCUCAGCAUCGCUCUUUAUAUCAGCCUUUGGGGCCUCACCAUCAGCAUCUGGCUUCUAUGGGCUUUGACCCACGCUGGCUCAUGAUGCAGUCAUACAUGGAUCCACGCAUGAUGUCUGGACGACCACCUAUUGAUAUGCCUCCCAUGCAUCCAGGGCGAUUGCCUCCGAAGCAACUGGUCCGCAGGGAGCCUACAGAUAACAGCAGUUCUGGUUCUGAUUCGUUUGACCACCUAACACGACCAAUAAGAGAACAUGGAAUACCCAGUGAGCCACGAAUGGUGUGGGGUUCAGACCCUUACCCUCAGACUGAGCCUUUACCCUCCGUCACGCCACCUAAAGCUCAGGAGGACUGCAAGGAGCCAAGACUGGAUGCUGGUUUGGACCUCGAGCGAGGACUAUCGGCAGUGUAUCCUCAGGAGCACAGCCCAUUGGAGCCUAGGAACAAGAGCGAUUUCUUCAGAGACACAUCUGAGCCCCUAUCUGCUUUCAGUCAUGUCUCAGAGGAGGUACCAGGCCUCCUGCAUACAGACAGGACUCCAGUCAUCUCUUCCUUUGAUUCUGAAGUAGCUGCACUUUCAGGUGGCGAGGAAGUAGAGGCCAUUGGGCAGGCUGUUUUGAAAAGCACCAUCUCUCAAGGAUCAAGUCACUCUCUCAAACUGGAAGAGCCUAGAUUUGAUAGUGUUUGCAUAUCUCAAAAAGCAAUAGAUCUCCCCGAAGCUGCAGAGCGACUGGAGGACAGUUCCAGAAAGGAUAGCUCCUUUGGUCAGGGGCCUACAAUCAUCAACCGAGCAACUCCACCUGUCUCUGCUGACAGCAUGCACAAAGCAGAGAAGCUGCCACAGCAAGCAUCCAACAAGCAAAAGACUGAUCUGCGCUGGGGUUCCCGUGGCUCAGGCGGUGGCAGGAGAGAAGGAGCCGGAACAGAGAGAUCACUUAGGAGAUCUGGGCCAAUAAAGAAACCUGUCCUGCGGGACAUGAAGGAGGAGCGAGAGCAAAGGAGAGAGAAAGAGGAGCGUCACGAUCGUGGGGAGAGAUCUAAAAAAGAAGGAACAGCUGUCAAAACUCCCUCAUCUGCUGCAGCCGCUGUGUCUGAUGGAAAAAAGUUCUCCAGUGAAGGGCCGAAGGAGAACACGACUGAACCAGCUGAAAAAGCAGCUACUGGCACCAGCAAAGCAAGAGAGCCUCAGGUCCCAAUAAGUACAGCAACUGCCAACAUUCAGGAAGAAAAAACAAGCAAACCACCACCCAAUGAGAAACGGCAUGAGCCCAAAUUGCCCUCUCGGAAAGAGCCCAACCUGCCAUCCAGGUCCCACCGCAGAGAGGAACGUGAGAGAGACCGAGACCGGGACAGGGAGCGAGAGAGGGACAGAGACAGAGAGGUGGAAAGGGAGCACGAAGGACCAGCUGAUGCCAAUUUUAAAGGCCGGGGUCGGGGAGAAUACUACUCACGUGGGCGCAGUUACCGAGGCAGCUACAGCGGGAGAGGACGAGGGGGCCGUGGACGCAGUCGUGGGGAUAGAGGGGAGUACCCCUAUAGAGAGCCUCGUGCCCGAUCUGACCUACUAAGCACUGCUGGGGCCACAGGUUUCCGUUGUCGCGAGGAGAGUGAAACUCGCAGUGAAAGCUCAGACUUUGAAGUUUUACCCAAGCGCAGACGCAGAAGAGGGUCAGACACUGAUUCAGAGAGUGUAGGUAGAGAGUCUGCUAGUGACACUGGUGCUUCUGAUCGCGAGCCUAUUUCAAAGCCUAGUAGACCCCUACGUCGUGAACUGCCCGAAUCUCGUCCAGCAAGAGGUGGCACAGGGUUUGGGUCUGGCCAUCCACCAGAUAAAUCUUACUCCCGUGAGGAGGAGGGUCGACCUAAACCAGGGUUUCUUCUAAAAGGGGAACCAAUGCGUCGUGGCAGGGGUGGACUAUACAACCGCCGAGGAGGAGGCAGAGACCGGCCUGCUGCCACAAGGUCUGGUCCCCUCCGCCGAGCUGGGCCAAGAGAAAGCCUGCCUUGGCCCUCUAAACCCAUGGAGACCUUCAGACCUGAAGAAGCAGAGCUGUCUCGCUCUGAUGGUGCACCUGCAGAGCAGCGUUUACCUAAACAUGAAGGUAAAAAAUCAAGAGAAGCUGGCCAGAGCACUAGGGAGAGACCUCGGCGACCAAGGCCGGCGCGACCCCCUAGACAGGACAAACCCCCACGCUUUAGACGACUUAAGGAACGAGAAGCAGCAGUUAUAGCAGGUGAAGCUGCAUCUGCUGCGGCACCCUCACCUGCCCCAGUGCCCACAUCUGUUUGCCCAGUAGUGUCUAAAGCACCAGGAACACCAGCUACUCUAACGGAAGGCUCUGUAGUUUCCACCACAGCACCCGUCACUGCUGCCUGCACUUCUCUUGAGCUUCCUGUUAUGGAGGCAGUACCUUUACAGUUAAGAACCACCACAGUGGUUGCUGCUGGCAGCAAAUCACCAGACUUGUCCAAUCAGAAUUCCUCUGAUCAGGCCAACGAGGAGUGGGAGACAGCCUCUGAAAGCAGUGACUUCAAUGAGAGAAGGGACCGUGAGGAGAGAAAAGGUGCCCUAGAAGCAGUGGCCACCGUAACAGCAGCCCCUGUUUCCUCUGCACCUCCUCAACCCGCAGGAGGCCAGAACAAACCUAUUGCGGAAGGAGGUGUGACUCCAAAACGUGAAGCUGUUCCUGCAUCCAAAAGAAGCUUUUCCAGUCAGAGACCUGGCGACAGACAAAACCGCAGGGGCAACAGUGGUGCAAAAACAGGCAGAGGAUACUCUGGUGGGAAGAAUGAGCGCCGAGGUGGAUCUGGGGCCAAAUCUGGACGCAGGGGUGCUACGGCUCAAAGUGCAGAUGCUGCCCAGGCCAGUACAGGUCAGAGGGCCAGUAAAGACCAAGCCCCAGGUCGCCGUAAAGAGGAGGCCAAGCAAGUUGUUAAGAAACCUAAGGAGAAAGAAAACGCCCUCUCUCAGUUCGACCUUAACAACUAUGCCAGCGUGGUAAUCAUUGAUGACCAUCCUGAAGUGACGACCCUGGAGGACCUACAGUCAAACACUAAUGAUGACGGCUUUACAGAGGUUGUAUCUCGGAAGCAGCAGAAACGUCUGCAGGAUGAGGAAAGAAGAAAGAAAGAGGAACAGACUGUGCAGAACUGGAGUAAAAAGGGUGCAGAGAAGGGCAGGGGUGGAGGUGGCUCCAAACUUCCUCCACGGUUUGCCAAAAAGCAGCAUCAGCAGCAAGCAUCAACGGCAUCCCAGCAGCAGUCUGCAGCCCAGACCCAUCAGACCCAGACUGCCUCAACUCAACAGACUCAACAGUCUCAGCAGGCUCAACCACAGCCUUCCAUCUCCAUCUCCCAGCAAAGCCUUCCUGUUCAGACCCCGAACACUGGCUCCUCCCAGCCACUAGAGGGUGCUGUAGCUCCUUUACCCCCUACGUCUGUAGACUUCUCCACCAAAACCCAAACACACAGUACUCUGGGUACUGAGCUAUGGGAGAAUAAGGUGGCUGGCUCCACUGUCCUCCCAGAUGUCAAAAAACUUGGACCCAUCAGCCCUCCUCAGCCACCCUCAGUCAGUGCCUGGAAUAAACCUCUCACUUCGUUUGCUGGAACUGUGACUUCUGAUGGUGUGAAGCCUGGAACAGACAGUGUUGAGCUUGGUAUGGACAGUAUUCAGUUUGGUGCUCCAUCUUCAGCGGGAAGCACAGAUAGCGAUGGUGUGCCAACCCUGCUGGAAAAAGCAUCAGAUAAUAAACUGCCUGAACCCAAAGAACAAAGACAGAAGCAGCCCCGUGCUGGACCCAUCAAACCUCAAAAGCUCCCUGACCUUGCUGCUCCUGAACAAAAGGAGUAUAAACCAGGCCCCAUUGGUAAGGAGCGCUCACUAAAGAACCGCAAAGCCAAGGAUGGCCGGCAGUCGGAUGUAGAGGGGCUGGAAAAGAGCGGUCCUGGUAGCAGCAGGGACAGAGACUCCAACUCUCCAACUAAAGACAAAGUUUCUGAACUGGGAGGAGACAUUGAAGGCAUGAUCACAGUCCCUUCAGCUGAAUAUUCAAGUAGCUCAAAGGAAUCUGUGACUGACUACACUACCCCGUCCUCUUCACUGGCUGACACUGUGCCCACCGGAGGAAGCAAGAUGGAGGAGAGCAUAGUUGCUAAUGUUGCACUGCCACCUUCGCUGCCGCUGCCACGUAGAGAAGCCUUACAGCAGAGCUCUGGUCUCAGCACAGUGUCUCCUGCCACAGUGGACCUCACAUUGAAGAUGGAGUCAGCUCGCAAAGCAUGGGAGAAUUCCCCAAGUUUGGGGGAGAAGAGCUCACCUGUGACUUCCUCUGCUUCUCCCAUCACUAGUGGAGGUGGAGCAGGCAAUCCCCCUUUCAGCUCAUUCUCCAGUGCCUCAAUGCCUCAGAUACCGGUGGCCUCGGUCACACCCAGCACCUCACUGUCAGGUUCAUCUACGUACACCACGUCAUCUCUAAGCACCAAGACUACAUCUGCUUCAGACCCUCCCAACAUCUGCAAGGUGAAGCCACAACAGCUACAAAGUUCUGGAAUGUCCAACAGCAGCUUCUCCCAGUUGGGCUGUGUACCUAAUCUGUUACCACAGCAGCAGACGCCUCAGGUCUUUGUCUCCCAGUCUGCAGCAGGUUCUGCUGCACAAAUCUCAGCUUUCUACAUGGACACUAGUCACCUGUUUAGCACACCUCACCCUCGACUGCCUCCUCCCUCCAUGGCCCAGCAGCAAGGUUUUCAGCCUGGUCUGUCACAGCCUACAGCUGUGCAGCAGAUUCCUAUCCCAAUUUAUGCUCCACUGCAAGGUCAGCACCAGCACCAGGCCCAGCUUGGUCUAAGCACUGGCCCUCCUGUCUCUCAGCCUCAGGACCUUUUUAGCUCAUCCAUGCAGCCAUACAGGUCUCAACAGACAUUUAUGCAGAACACCUUGUCUCAGCCGUCUCCCAUGAUGCUGUCAGGGACAACACUGCACAGCUACCCUGGCGUGCAGCCCCCGGAGCUUGCUAAGCCACAGUCCAACUUGGCCUUCCAGCAGACCUCCAACACCCAGCACAUACCUAUCCUGUUUGAACCACAGCUUAACCAACCCUCUGGAAUGGGAGGCUCCCAGCUUAUAGAUACACACAUACUGCAGCGUCAGGGAAUGAGUCAGCAUUCAAACUUGUAUUCUGGACAAGUGCAGCAGCACACACAGAACAGCUACUACAGCUCAACACAGAGCCCAAGCUCUGCAAUGCAACAGGUGACUGUCCCCAUGCCAGGCUCCCAGCUGUCAUUGGCUAACUUUGGCUCAGGUGGAGGUCAACCUCUGCUCGCACUUCCCCAAUCUCUGGCACCCAACCCACCUCAGGCCCAGCCACCUAAUCUGAAUCGCCAGCCUCCAAGCAACCAGCCCUACCGGGGCCUCAUUGGCCAGAACACACACAACCUGAUGCAAACUUCCAACAAGAUGUGCGAUAUGGACCUAAAACUGUUUGGUACUGGCAUGGAUAUAAAACCUGGAACUCCUCCAGUUAGUGUGAGAAGCACCACCCCUACCUCAAGCCCUUACCGGGUGAGCUCCACAAGCCCAAGCAGUCAGUCCAGUAAGAUAAACAUGUAUCCCAAACAGUUUCAAUCUGGAUCACAAGGCAUUCGAAUUCCACAGCACUUCCCGGGACAGUUUAACCCCCAGAUGUUGUCCCAGCCCAACAUGGUGUCCCCACUGGUACGCCCGCCUCAUACUAACUCUUUUCUUGGUGGAGUGCAGCGAACCCCCAUGGGUCCUCCCAUGUCUUCAAACCUGAGCGGUGGAAUUAUGGCACACCACAGACCCCAACACCCUCUUCAUGGACCUUCUGGGCCACCUCUAGCACCCCGUGGCACACCGGCUGCAAUCAAGGCUGAGCAGGACCUGAAGGCUAAACAAAGAGCAGAGGUACUCCAAUCAACUCAUAAGUUCUUCUCUGAGCAGCAGCAGCAGCAACAGAUGAAGACUUCAGCCACCAAGGCCACUCGUAUGGAAGGAGCUAGUAAACCCAUUGAUAGUGUCGCUUCAAACCACCAGGGCCCUCUACCUGAGCGCACUGAAACUGACAAACCUGUACCACUUACUACGACCAAGCCUAUCCGCACUGGCCCCAUCAAACCCCAAGCCAUCAAACCAGAGGAGAGCAAGUAAACCAGUUCAAUCUCCAACAGGACGGCUGGAUGAGCAGAUUGUGGGACUUGACAGAAGGCGGCUUGCUUCCAGAAGUCAGAGCCGAAAGGGAAUGCUGGGUGGGCAGAAUAGAAAAGAAUGUGCAGAACCCACCUUUGGCAUGCUCUCCUCUUGCUCCACACCCUCCCAGACUCUCCAUCUUAUGCCUUCUUUAUAGUGAGGGAUUUAUUGUUAGCUUUUUUUCUAAUGGACGUUAAGGCGAAGCAUCAAUCACUGUACAUCCCUCUUGUACACUGAAGGUAUGAAAACAAAAGAUUAAUUUGCUGCUGGAUGCACCAUUUUUAUAAACCUUUCCCCACCCAUUCCUGAAGUAGAAUCACAUGUUAGAGGGGCAGUCGUAUACUUUUUGAAUUUAGUGUCUGUCCCCUUUUGUUCUUGUAGUUUAAACUUUUUGUUUAAAAGAUUGUUUUUUUUAAUCCUGAUCCCUUAUAUUCAGGCUCUGCUUUCUGGAGAAGACCCCAAAAAACCUUGCACCGUCAAGCUGUGUGCAUGGCCCCUGCUCGUUUUUUUUUCAUCCUGUAACAAAACAAAUGAAUAAUUCUCCCUUAAAAAGGAAUAGCAAAUCAGUUGUUUCCUAAUUUGCUGAAUUUGUGGGUUUUAUUUGACCCAGUUUACCCAAAUGUAAGCCUUUCUUCAAACCAUUUUUUUUGACAAAGUAUGUGUAUGAAAUGGAAGCAUUGAUGAGUGUAAUCUUUAGCCAGUGGUUAGUCAUUGUAAGAAAGACUCUCAUACACGAUGAACGUAAUGGACAUGUUUAUUUACUUAUCUAAACGGUUAUUAAUUACUUCAGAUUUGGUCCUGUGAUGACACAUCCUGUCAGCUUAAGAUCGUCACUGAUCAAUGAAUGUGAGAAGUUUUGGCCUCUUUAGUGUUUCACUCUGCCACCGCUCACACAGCCACGCCAUGCUGCUGACUGUGCCAGAAAGGAGGAGGUGGCUUCAUUUUUGGUUUAAGUUAAACACCAGUGUUUGAUUUUAAUACUUAUAGCUGCAAAGUAAAACGAACAUUUCAGAAUGUGGGUCGACCUCUAGAGAGGAAUUAAAAAGUGCAGGAAAAAAAUGAACUGUAGUUCCGAUGCAAAAAGGACUUUUCUGUUGUGGUGUCCACAGGCCUCAAGCUCCUGGGCCUUUACUCUCUCCAGUCCAUUCCUCUCAGGCUGCUUUUUCAAGAAAAAGGGGACUGCAGAUAUACAGGUGUUUCAGAACAGCUCCCAAAUGAGGUGUGAGAGGAAGGAGUGGAGAGGAGGAUUUUUUCUGUUUGUUUUACUUGUACAGGGGUUAAAUCGCUGUAUUAAAAUAUGUAAGGUCUUAUUUACAUUCUCUUGGUUUGGUUACAGAAACUAAUAAAAUAAUAUGCUGAUA